UACAAUAGUGACCGGCAAGAACACAGGAUUAUGUUUAGUAGCAUGAGAAACCACCUUAUAAUCGUCGUGGUGGGACUUCUUUUGCCCCUCGUUGUCAUGUAUUUGACUGAUGGAAAGGCAUCCGCAGAAUCACCAAAACGAACCUCAAAAUAUAUAAACUUCUUCAAAAGCUCGUCACAGUUGCUUGGGUCAGGGUCUACUACAAGCGCCCGAUAUAUUCAAAGCCCAACUCCUCAUUUCCAUGCUCUUUCGCAUGGUCACGUUUAUCCUCGUCACGGGUCAGCGCGUCACUAUCACUAUCAAGGCGACAGUAGAGUUCAACAUGCCGGAAUGAUGACGUCUGCCUCUGAACAUGUGCCAUCACGAAUUAUAAUCGUACGUCAGCCUAACAAUGGAUCCUCGAAAAAAAGAUACCCUUCUAGUCAACCGUAUAGCUCUGUGCAAUAUUUGCCACAAGCAAGUUCAGCUGGUCCAACGGUGGCGUACACUGCUUACGGAUCGUAUCCACCAUAUAGCUACGCACCCCAGACCCUACCUACUUACAGUUAUCAGAUGCCGCCGUUGCGUAUGUCUGCUAGUGCGUACGCUCCGCAGCUAACUGCACCACUUGCGUAUUCUCCAGCCACACAGUUAAGCCAUUCGCACUCACCACUCGUGGCAUCAAUGAUCGCCGCAGCUCAUCGUGUUAUUCAAGGUCCAACCUCUCACGCGUAUGGGGGACAAUACGCUACAGCUACGACCUAUAUGCCACCACAGUAUUCCGGUCCAUACGGUGGAUAUGGUACGAUGCCUACACCGAUGUAUCCUGGGUAUGGUUAUCUGGGGUGAGCUUGUGGAUUAAGGAUGAUGGAUUACAAAUUGACAUCUACUUUGUAGCUUACUUGCACACGCCUGCCUAUUUCAGAUAAAGCUGGCCAUCAUUUAGUUCGGAAUACUAGAAUGUGAAAUAACUACUUAACCUACUUCCGAAUUUUGGGAUACAAGCUGAUCAUUUAAUCUGCACGCAUUAUUGUGCCUCUUCUGCUCUAUGCAACUAAGUCGAUUUCAAUACCAUAAAUAUCCCAAAACUAUUGCAUGGUAAACUGUCUUGUGUCUACAAGCAAAAUACCCGUUGUUCGGCCGUCGAGUUAAUCACACAAAAAGAUAUCUUGAAAGUUUGCUCAUUGACGCUGUUCUAAAGCGCUGGUAGAUUAACUUGGAUGAUAGAGAUAGGUUAACAUUGAAAAUCUGUUUAUCUGGCACAUUUUCUCACUAAAUUGUUUGUUUACUUGCGAGUUAUCCUUGUUAGUUAUCCUUGGGUUGUACGUGUUUAUGGUUUUCUCUUUUUAUCCAAACACUGGCUGGUAUUCUAGUUUACUAUUCCCGAGAAUUAUAACCAUGCCUUGUUAUUCAUGUUAGGAAUUAUUUUUUUCAA